AUGCCACUCUCUUACUGUGUAGCAGAGAACAAACCCUGUGAUCGUUGGGUGGAGAAAUAUUUCAAGGAUUGCCUUUGCAAUCUCAACGAUGACAUCUCCUUUGCUUUUGGGCUGGUCAGCUUAGUCUGUUGGGGAGUCGCUGAAAUCCCUCAAAUCAUCACCAACUUUCACACCAAGUCCAGCCAUGGAGUCUCUCUUGCUUUCCUUCUCACUUGGGUUGCCGGGGAUGUUUUUAAUCUAAUGGGUUGUCUUCUGGAACCAGCAACGUUGCCCACCCAGUUGUACACAGCUCUGCUCUACACAACAAGCACUAUUGUAUUAGUGUUGCAGAGCGUGUAUUAUGACUACAUCUAUACAUGGUGUAAAUGUGGAAAAGUCACAGCUACCCAAGAGGUUGAUGAAGAGAAUAAAAGACCAUUGAAUCCAAAGUCGGCUGAUUCAGGCAUUCCAAUACCAAGUGCUUCACCCAAACCCACUCCACGAAAAGAGUUCUACUAUACGUCAGCAAGAUCGUUGGCGGGCAGUGGUACGCCACCGUUUCGGACCUACAUGAGGGCAGCUAAAAGUGGUCCUUCUACAAUGGCACUAUAUAGUGACUCAUCUUCUGAGGACGAGUCAGCUCCAGUUACAUCCAAGACAUCUGUUACCCAGCCUAGGCCAAUCCCAAGAUCGGUAGCUGGUUAUGGAACAUUUCUGGCUACAUCGCUUAACCUGCCAUCACAAACAAAGGCUUUGACACAAGUAUACAUAGGAAUUACCGGGAGGAAACUCUUGCAGGAACACUCAAUGGAACAUAGUGCUUUUGGGCAAUGGUUGGGGUGGCUAAUGGCUGCUAUAUACAUGGGCGGUCGACUCCCUCAGAUUUGGUUAAAUAUUAAAAGAGGAACUGUGGAGGGUUUGAAUCCUCUAAUGUUCGUCUUUGCACUCGUCGCAAACCUCACUUAUGUCGGAAGCAUAGUUGUAAGAACCACAGAAUGGGACAGCAUCAAAGCCAAUAUGCCAUGGUUGCUCGAUGCGGUAGUUUGCGUGGGACUCGACUUAUUUUACGUAUAUUACAAACAUUUGAGGAAGAGGACCACAAGAGGUGGAGAAAACUACACAUACUACGAGGAAGCAAACAAAGCUGUGGUUUCUUGA